AUGGCAGCGUUGACUUCAAAGAUGGACGGAUGUGCCAUUACCUUAGCAUCUUCAGGCAGAGGACACGGGGGACUGGUCUUGACCAUCUUCACCUACGCUGCUCAGGUUGUCAGACGUGCCAAUGGUGACAUGGCAGCCCUCUGGUCCUUCGGAGGACUGAAGUUCGGUAAGGAGUUGUUUUGCCUGGUGGCGGUCACUGAACCUGAAUCCUUGGCGUUCAUCUCCCACUUGGCAUGGCUGGUGGUCGACAUUCCCGGGACCCCUUGUUGCGAGGAUGGCGAUCGAUUUGGUUUGGCAGGCAACUGCCGGGCCGUUGAGCUGGGCCAGGAAAUCAUGGCUUACAGCCCAUUUCCAGAAGGUCAUGUGAACUUCGAAGGUCACUUUCGGGUGAUUCUCUUCAGGCAAGGCCAACAUGUUCAGCCAGAGACUUGGCAAGCCCGGUCCAAGUUUUCUCUGGAAACCUUUAGGGCUCAGCAUGAGAUGAAAACCUUGGCGGAGAAAAAGGUGCGGAUCGCCUCUCAGAAGCCAUUGGAGACGGAGAUGGAACCCAUGAAGCCCAAGGCCUUCAGUUCUGGAGGCCCCUUGGCUCCAGACCCCACGGCGCCAGCGACGUUGACGGCGGCCCUGGCGCGCACGGCGUCGGCGCUCGGGCAGCGCGGGCUGACGCUCUACGGCGGCGACGCCGCGCAGCGCGCGCAGCGCCUGAGCUACGCCGAGCUGCUGCAGUUGGCGCGGCGCGUUGCGGCGGGGCUUUGCGGCCGGCGGAUUGGGGCAGCUGCAGAUAGCAUUGCUUCCUUCGCCGUUCUUCAGGUGCCAGUGUUGGCUCAGCACUUUCCAUGCUUUUGGGGUUGCCUGCUGUCUGGCACAAAGCCGGUGACAGUUGCAAUCCCUCCAGAUUAUUCAGAUCGAAGUCAUGCGGUGUGCAGCAAACUAUGCAAUGUUUGGCAGCUGUUAGAAGAGCCACCUGUGAUCACAACAGCUGCGCACCUGGAGAAACUGAAGUUGUUGCAGUUGGCCAACGCGCAGCUCAUUGCCCUAGAGGAGUUGCUGGCCACAGAGCCGUCGAGUGGGAUCUGGACCGCAGCUCCAUCAGAUGUGGCUUUUUGUCAGUUGAGCAGCGGGUCCACUGGUGUUCCCAAAUGCAUCCAGAUUGCUCAUGGAGGAGUGGUAGCGCAUAUCCGUGGAGAAGCGCAAUUCUGUGGCUAUGACUCCUCAGAUGUUCACGUGAAUUUCUUACCCUUGGACCAUGUGGUACCAAUCCUCACAGUCCAUUGCUGCGAUGUCUACCACGGCUGCGAGGAGGUUCAAGCGGAGGUCGCUUACGUCUUGGCGGAGCCCCUGCGCUGGUUGCGGCUGGCGGAUGAGCACCGCGCCACGCGCACGUGGGCGCCCAACUUUGCGUUCAAACUCGUAGCUGAUGCCUUGCUGAAAGAUGAAAGUCACUUCGAUCUGUCCUGCUGCAAAUUCUGGAUGAAUGCCGGCGAGCAGGUGACCAUCCCCGUGUGCGAAGCCUUCCUGGAACAGACGAAGCGCUUCGGAGUGGCGCGCAACGCCAUGCAGCCCUCCUUUGGGAUGGCGGAGGCGUGCACGUGCAUGACCUACAACAAUCACUUUGAGGUGGCAGCUGCCAGCCGCCUGGGCCGCUCCGCCUUUGUGAAUCUGGGGCCGCCGGUGCCGGGCAUCGCCAUCCGCAUCGCCAGCGACGACAACGAGACGUUGCCGGAGGAAGAGGUGGGACGCUUUCAGAUCCGAGGACGUGUGAUCACACCCGGAUACCUCAAGAACGAGGAGGCCAAUCGAGAGGCUUUCAUGGAGGAUGACUGGUUCAACACCGGGGACAUUGGAUUCAUCAAGGAUGGUCAGUUGUACCUGACAGGACGGGAGAAGGAGAUGAUCAUCAUCCGUGGUGCCAACUUCUACUGCUACGAGGUUGAAGAUGUGGUGAACAGCUUGGAACAAGUGUUGCCAACCUUUACAGCCGCGGUGUCACUUCAUGAUCCCAGCUCUGGCACAGAAGGUCUGGCCAUUUUUUUCGUACCCCGACGACCUCAGCAGCUAGAUGGACUGGAAGAGGCGGCCAAGGAGAUCCGCUUGAAGUUGGUACGACACAUGGGUCUCGCUCCAGGUCUAGUGAUUCCCCUGGAGCAGGAGGAGUUUCCCAAGACGACCAGUGGCAAGAUCCAGAGGAGUCAGUUGAAGAAAGCCUUGCAGAAGGGUGCCUUUGAAACCCGUGUGCUCAAAGUCGGUCACCAGAAUCGCAUGACUUGGAGAGUUUGGGACUUCAGGUGCCCCUUGGUGCCCCUUGGUGCCGGCCCCGUAAUCCAAAAACCAAAACCACCCGCCGCCCUCCAACUGCUGGGCCAUGCUGGGCAUUGCUGGGCAGGCUGCGCCUACCCCCGCUCAUCGUGGGCCCCUCAGAACUGUCGCAUGCGAAUCGACCGAAGAUGGGCAGAUUGGGCAGGUAAGAACAAUAGCUCCGCUGUCCCCAUCUCAGCAUGGAGCAUGGAUGCCCUGCAGAUUCAGCAGAUGUUUUUGUUGGGCGAUUCCAUCCUGUGCCCCCCCAAAAAACAGCCACAGGUGCUGAGCAAGGCAUUGGCACUGCAGAAUGAAUUGCUUGCAGCCUUCUCAGCAGCACGCUUCCAGAAGAAGCUCAACGAGCUGUCUCGCGCCGUGAUCCAAGAGUGUGGCGAGGGCAAGGACAAAAAGACUUCAUACCACUCAGCCUUGAAGAGACUGAUUCGCAGGGAGCAAGUGAAGAUCAUCCCUAGUUACGGCUUUGAUGCUAGUGACGAGGGCGUCAUCGAAAUGCUCACAGCCUUCCAAGCUUUCGAAGAGGAUCCAGACGUGUAUGUGAACUCCGUCGCAAUCCAAGAAGCCCUGCAGCAGAGGAAAAUGGCCAGUCCUCGAAAUGAAUGCAGCAUUCGACAGGUUGAAACCGCAGAUUGCAAGACCUUCGUGAUCCUGUUGCUGCGUGCACAGCUGGUGGCCUUCAGCCAUCCAGCCUUCCAGAAAUCCAUCAGGGCCCUCAAGGCCAAGGCCGCGACAGCUGACGGAUUCUACCAUUUGCCAGGUCGAGCAAAGCUAGCCUUGGACGUGCAGAAACUCAUUCUGCCAAGGUUCGGCUUUGAGCCAUCUCGUGAAGGCGUGCAGGCAAUGAUUGGCCACUGCUCCCAAUUCAUCAACGAGCCAGAGGUUGCCAUCUUGCUGGACAGCAUCAAUAGUAGGUUGGGCAUGGACGCUUCGGCGUGCCAUCGCUUUCGAGACAUGGUUUCCAGCUUGGUGGAGCCAUGA